CAGGUCGAGCCAGCACCAGUCUCGCCUACAUGACGCCACCACACACUCUCACACAGCUGAUCUCAGGCACUACUGCAGCUGCUGCUGUUCAGACCACAGAGCAAGAAGCUGGACAGUUUCUUGUUAGAAAUGCAAGAAGAGAAGAGGGAAAAGAAACGAUAAAGGACAGAAGAAGAGUAGACUGAACUGAGGAGUGAAGAGGAAAGCAUGAUGUUGCUGAUGAAAGUACAGGUACAGACUCCUGAAAACUUCAAUAUGGGAAUAUGCAUUGAUGACUGGAGGAGGUGUUACUAACCAAUGUUGAAUGGACAAGAAUGCAGCUGGAGGUCAUUGGCAGAGUGACUCCAGCACUGCAGAAAGGACUCACCAACAAAACUGAAUCUAGAAUCAUUUGAGAAACAUUGAAGAGCAAAGGCAAGUUUGACUGAAAAAGGCUCAUUUUUGUUAUACUCAACAUAUUUUUUUUCAGCAAGGUGAGAACCAGCUUUGUUCUAUAUAGCCAUCUCAGUUGGACUGGACUGUCACCUGGAAAUCGAACAUUUAGGACACUGCAAGACUAAUAAACCCACCACAACAACUCUUUGGGCAGCUGUCACUGUUGAGAUGAUCCAUAACACCCUGAAGUCCACCCAGCUGUCCGAGCACAGCCCCAGGAGUACACACUCAGCUGCACAACGGAAGCUGUGGAGGUACUCGGGGUGCAGAAGGGCUGGCCAGGUGGAAAGUCAGCGUCGCAGUGUGUGCGUGUUGGCUGCAGAUUUGAACGCUGGAGAUGCAGGAGGAGGAAGAGGAGGAGGAGGCACUGUGAUGCAUACUAUCCAUGGGCUAUGCCAUGUCUGCAUUGGAUGUAGGCUGCCUCAGGUGACCAUCCUUCGAGGAAAGGACGGGUAUGGCUUCACCAUCUGCUCGGAUUCCCCGGUGAGGGUGCAGGCUGUUGACCCAGGGGGUCCAGCAGAUCAGGCAGGUCUGCAGCAGCUGGACACUCUCUUGCAGCUGAAUGGCCAGCCAGUGGAGCAGUGGAAAUGUGUGGACUUAGCUCAUGCUAUCAGAAACAGUGCCAAUGAAAUCACUGUGGUGGUCUGGCGCACCGGUUCCUCAGCUAAACCGAAUUUUGAUGGCCUCAUUCACCGGCCAUCAUACAAGCCCUUCAACUCAAACUACGAUGCCCCUUCACCACCUACCCGCAGGCACGCACCAGAUGUUGGCACAAGCAAAACUCCCCCGGCUGUGCCGCCUCUACCAGCCCACCACCGUGCCACUGCCACCCGCAGGCUGCUGGUCAAUGGCUCUGAAGCUGGAAAUAGCAGCGGUGUAGGUUUUGGGACGCUGGCGUGGGGGGCCCAAGGAGGGUCGGCCGAGGAGCUGGAUGGGAAUCCGAGACACCUCCACCACCCUCACACUGCCACACUAAAGGGUACCAGGGUGAAGGCGUCCAAUGGGGACAACUACAUCAUCCUGGCACCCAUCAACUCUGGAAGCCAGAUCUUGAGACCCGUUUACCAAGACAACCAGGGAACAUUAGCAGCCAGGUUGUACCCCACACGGCAGGCCUCUGGUCCACAGUCCCACAAUGGUGGCGCUUUUUCUGGAGGCGGUCUCUCCAGCUGUACUGGCUUCUUACGGCGAUCUAACAAUUCCAAGUCAACAAAGACGUUGUCUGCCUCCACUAACACUGGUAUAACUAGCUACCAGCAUCAGAAUGCCAACUUUGCCAAUUACCAGAACUGUACCAUUGUCCGCUCACAUACUCCACAUGCCAAUUAUGGAUUUGUGAAAGUGGCACCAAAGGUCCUGAUCUUCCCCAUUUUUGUUCAGCCUCUUGACCUGUGCAGCCGAACGCUCAUCAUAUCCGAGGAGAUGAUUCUACAUGAGAGCAAGCACCACUCUCUCAAGGUUACAGUGUUUGUCUACAACGACCUGAUGCUGGUGACAAGAGAAGAUGAGCCAGGCAGGUGUAAUGUUCUUCAAAGUCCCCUGUACCUCAGCCAUCUGCGGCUGCAGGAUGAUUAUGCUGAAGAACUGAGAUUCUACCUUAUUCACAUGACUGAGAAGUGUGACUGCCUGCUCAGCCUGGAAGCCUAUUCAGCAGACCAGAAGCGCCGUGUGUGUCAGUGCCUGAAGGACAACAUUGACAAGCAGCUCCAGCUUCAGAGGAGGGAGCUUCUUGUUCCGCAUUUUGAACAGAUGUUGGAACCUAAGGUGGAUGCUCCUUCAUGUGAGCUGGAUGAAGUAGGAAGGGAUCGAAGAGGCGUGUGCCUCCACCUGCCCACCCGCAGCUCAGAGGGACAGGAAAGUAGUCUGUAUCCUUCAAGCCCCUCUGAGCCCCCAACCCUGGGUAGUCCUCACCCCUCAGAGCCACUCACCCCUUUGGAUGAGGUCUAUAUGCCCCUUGGUGGUCGGAUUGGAUCCGAGGAGCGGCAUAAGAUACCUCCCACACCACCUCCUUCCACAGAGGAAGAGGAUUGCAAGAGUAUGGAGGGAAACGAGAUGGAGAUCUGGAGAGAGCAGAGGAAUAGGGACAACAGUAGAGAGGAGGAGGAGGAGGAUGGGGCAAGCAGGAAGAGUGCAGGGAAUGAGGGGGAAGAAAAAGAAGAAGGAGGAGAGAGAAAUGAGGAGGAGGCCACCUUAAACCUGGUGGUGUCAAACACAGAUGAGGACAAUGCCUCAGAGCCGCCUGACACCAACGCUCCUCCCUCCUCCUCCUCAUCUUCAUUUGUCAUCCCUGAGUUGCGCCUUGAUCGCUCCUUUAGUGCCGAUGCCCUCUCCUCACCCAAUACUGAUGAAGAAGAGUAUGAUGAAGAUGAAGAUGAAGAGUCUGAAGAGGAGGAUGAAGAUGACAGUGAUGAUGCCUACCUGCAGCAUAGCGACAGCAAGCGCCACAGCAUGGUGGGGGGUGCCACCUGUGAGAAACAUGGAGGAGGGGGGCUCAGUGUGCAGAAUUCCCUUCGCAGACGCACCCACAGCGAAGGUAGUCUCCUGCAGGACCCCCGCACAACUUGUUUCACCUCCGACAAUGCCAUUAACUGCCUGGAGGCGGGGGGAGCGCACAACAAGAGUGGCUGGACACUCCCAUCACCCAAAACCCUGAAGAAAGAGCUGACCAAGAAUGGAGGCUCUAUGCAUCAACUGUGUAUGCUGUUCUCUGGGAGGAAGCUGAGCUCCGGAUCCCCCUGUAGCUGCGAGGUUGGCCCUGAAGGGACAAAGAAGAAGAAACCCAAGAACCUGGCCAAAGACAUGAAGAAUCGGCUGGCUUUCCUGCGGAGGAGGAAUGAAUCUCCAGGAAGCAACCCAGCCAGCAAGUUAGACAAAUCUAUGAAGUCAGUCAAGCCCACUCCAGAGGAAGCACUGAAAUGGGGGGACUCACUUGACAAGCUGCUGGCACACAAAUAUGGUCUGGCAGCAUUCAGAGCUUUCCUACGCACAGAGUUCAGUGAGGAAAAUCUGGAAUUCUGGCUAGUAUGUGAGGAAUACAAGAAGAUUAAGUCGCAGUCCAAGAUGGCCUCAAAAGCCAAGAAAAUCUUUGCAGAAUACAUCGCUAUCCAGUCUUGUAAAGAGGUAAAUCUGGAUUCAUACACCAGAGAUCACACUAAAGACAACCUGCAGAAUGUGACACGCUCCUGCUUUGACCUAGCGCAGAGGCGGAUAUACGGACUGAUGGAGAAGGACUCUUAUCCCCGCUUCCUGCGCUCAGAACUCUACUUGGACUUAAUCAACCAAAAAAAGCCCAGCUCCACUUCGACUUCACCGUCUUCAUAAGAGACCAGAAAAAGACAUAAGGAAAGAAAGAAAGAUGAUGAAAUGGGGCAAACUUGAAAAACAUUCAGUGAGUGGGUGGGAUGUGAAGUUUGUUUGCCUUUUCACUUUUUUGUGUGUGUCUGUCAUCCUGUCCACUUUGUUUAUUGGUCGGUGUGGUGUGACAGUAUGCAGCAAAGCUGUGGCACUGCAAAGAAAUGUAGUUUACACAUAUACCAGGUGGACGGAUGAAUGGGUGAAUGGAUAGUUUGAAAAGUCCACAAGUGAGGGUGGGAACAGAAGCUGGAGGCUUGUCCGAUCACUGUUGCUUUUUUAUGUCAGUUUCAUGUAAAAGAAAAUUUGUUUGUGUUUUUAGGUUUUUGUUCAGUUCUAUUGGUCAAAAGGAGGGGUAGCUCAAAAAAAAAAAAGUCCUGCAGACAUGAAGACAGUCCGGUACUGUUUAUUCACUUUGUGUCCUUUGUUUCCUUUUGAAACUUCUAUUUUAAAUCCCCUCAUUUCCUCCAUCACGUCAGCCACUUCAAAGUUGUUGGUACGACACAAAAGUUCUUUUUUCUUCCUCUUCGAGGUCUAAACUCUGCGACGAAGAGGGAAAAACAAAUUGAAGUCUGAGUGAAAAGUAGUGUUGUGGUUCUGGUUUGCACACAUCUCAGUUAAACCCUGACUUCUUUCAAAUCUUCUAUAAACCACUUUCACCUUAUUCAAUUCAUAUCAUAACUAUGGAAAGAUACUGUGAGCAUUUAACAAGGACUAAGUUGGAGACAGCAAAGAACAUAUCUGUAUAAAUAACUGAUAUACUGGACCUGUGAGGCGCCACAAAUGUGCUUCUCUCUCAUAAAAAGACUUUCAGUGUCACAUUCACAGCAGAGAUGGGGAAAAAACGACGACUUGUUUCUGUCUCCAAAGACGACAAGGACAUUUACAACAAGGAACGAAAAUUCAAGAAGAUAAAGAACAAAAGGUUCCAUGCAGAUGAAUGAUAUUUUCUUCAGCAUUGUAGCUUGUUAUGGACUAAUCAAGGACGCAUUCACAGGACAUUGCUAUGACAGGUUCCACCUCGGUUUAUUUUCUCACCUGACUCUUGUUUUUUCUGCUCACUCACUGUUUCCAAACUUCACUCCCUAUUUCUGCUGAGCAAUACACAAGGCCUUCAUUUCACAGUCAGAAAACAAACAUCUCUUGUUAUAUAAAAGUUUGCCUAACUGACUGGAUGCUUUGACACACACCCUCACCUUCUCCAAAGGACUCAGCUAAAAGCUCUCUCUUUCUUCUUGACCACCAAACAGGUCCAAUGCUGUCCUGAACUUUAAGUGCAAUAUGUUUUUUAUUUUUUGUUAUUUUAUUAAUAUUAUUGUUUUGUUCAUUUACUUGGAUAAUUUUAUGAUUUUUAAUGGGGAAGACGAUCGGCUUGAGCUUUGUAUUAACUUCAUUUGUUAAGAGAAAAAACAACUUAGAGCUAUAAGGUUGACUUACAAAGUAAACUCUCAAGAACCGUAAGUAGUUUAAUGAAUUUUAAGCAAGUGAUUCUAACUGUGUGCUAACCCCUGGCAGCAGGCAGCUGGGGGUAUUAUGGUUGUAAAUAUCAUUCUUUAAGAAAACUAUGUGACAACACAUUAAAAACAAACAAAAAAACCAGGUCUCUGCUGGUGAUGAGUAUGAGACCCAGCUGUAUCUAUGUAAAUAUAAGAGACUCAGAAACUAUAAGAUGACAUGUAAUGUUAAACAAACAUAGGUGAGUGAGAGCAGGUCCAAUCUGCUCUUUUCCCCUGGUCAUGCAUUGCUUGUAAGGAGUUUUCUGAAAUGCAUUUUAUCAUUUUCACUGUUUACAAUUCAGAAUGCAUCUCCUAUGAUAGAAAGUGAAAACAGUAGAGUACAUUUGGUGUUACUGCUAACGAUAAAUAAACCAACCAACUGAUGAAGUAA